UUGCCACGGUCACACUGGUACCCACACGUGCAAUCUUACAUUAAGAUUGUUUUUUUUUUUAUUUUUAUUUUUAAUUUGUAUACUUAACGAAAGUUAAAUGGCUAAUAGUGAUAGAAAGCAAAUCCGUAAACUCAGCAAGGAGCGGCGUCGAGAAUUUAUCGAGGAGAAUGACUAUCAUGAAGUUGAUACCAAGCCAUUUGGACGAAAUUGCUGCGGUGCCGCUUUGCAUGAAUUCGAUGCACAAACCCAUGAUGCUUGGAUCCUGCAGUGCCCCCGUGACAUGGACCCCGGGGAGCUUUUAACCAACAAGCGCAUCAAAAUACCUGGACGUCGCUAUGUGGGUGACGUCCAGGUGCGGGCCACCAACUACAGUCAACCGCUAAAUGAAGCCAUUGGGUACGUCAAUCCCAAAGGAAAAUAUAGUCUACGAACUCUACCUCUAACUGGAUAUGUUGUGGUCAGUAAGCGUCUUAAUUUGGAAAAGGAGCUGCCAACUGGUGAUGAAGGCGUGACGUAUAUAGAGCCAACACCACCGCCCCAAUACAAAUUGCCUGUACGACAUCCGUUCUUCGGCAGGGACUACAAAUCACGUAUUGAGGUUCCCAAGAAAAUAGCCAAAGUUUUGGCGGAAGCCGAUCGCCAUAGUUUAGAGACUACGGCAAAGCUGAGGCAGACAGGCAACUACUAUAAAAUUAGGAGCAAAUUGUUAAGUACCACUCAAACUCUAGAAGAGAAGGAGCGUGACGUGCGUCAAUCAGUCUUGACGGGUGUGAAGCCAACAUUCAUGGAUAAAACAGAUCAUCCCAUCUAUGUGGACCUCACCAAUGGCGACGAUGAAGAGAAAAUCAAGGUGGAGACCAAAAAGUCCAAGAAACAUAAAGUUAAUGUCGUUAAAGUUAAUGGGAAUGCCGAGAUAGUCCAGACAAAUGUGGAUCUCACCAAUGGCGAUAAUGAAGAGGAGGCGCAAGUGUUGACGAAAAAAUCCAAGAAACGUAAAGCCAAUGGCGUUAAGCAAGAAGAUGAGGUUGUAGAGUUAGUCCAGAAAAAACGCAGCAAAACUGCGAAAUAACUAACAAAUAACCUUUCAUUUUAAGCAUACAUGUUAAUAAUAAAAUAAAAACAAAUUCCUGCAAAACUGUCAUUUCC